AGUUUCUAGAUUCAAGAGGAAAUGCAUUUAGUCCUUUUCAGCCAAUCAGGAUGAUUUCUAUCUGAGGACCGUGUGACCAAACCUUUAAGGAGGAAGAAUUCAGUUGCAGUGCAAGAGAAGAGGGGGCUUCACCACCAUGAUGGGAGGACUCGCUCUUCUGCUUCUUUUAGGAACACUGUACCCGAUUGAAGCUGCAGAGGUUCAACAGGUCUCUUUGACGGAGGCUGAACUUGGUGGAAAUGUUACGUUUCAGUGUUCAGUUUCUGAGGAGGAAAAAAAUGUAUUGUACUGGUACAAGCAGCCUCUUGGAUGUACGAUCCAAACUGUUGCUACAAUAACUUUCACCAAACCAACACUUCGGACACAGUUUAACAAACCACGUUUCAGAGUCACUCAGGAUUCUUUGACCAUCAUGAAUAUCAGCAAAGAGGACGAAGCGACUUACUUCUGUUUCUAUGGAUCACAAUUUUCACAUAGUUUUGGUGAUGGCGUCUUCUUGGCUGUGAAAGAUGGAAGUCUGCAGAAAUCCUUCCACGUGGAACAAAGUCCGGAGGCUGAGUCCGUCCUGCCGGGCGACUCGGUGACCCUCCAGUGUUCUCUUGUCUCCAGGGACAAAGAGGACGGGGUCCAGUGUCCACACGGACACAGCGUGUUCUGGUUCAGAUCAGGAGGAUCCCAUCCAGGCUUCAUGUACACUCAGGAUACACAACCGGGGGACACAAGUUGUGUCUAUCGUCUGUCCAAGGAUCUGAACUCCUCUGAUGCUGGGACUUACCGCUGUGCCGUGGCCUCAUGCGGACAGAUCCUGUUUGGUGGAGGACCAAGUGGACACAAGUACGUUUAA